AUGUAUUUUGUCUUCUACCUGAUCCCGUUAUUACAAGCACUCGAAUUGCCGCUGGCGCCCUACAAUGUGAAGGUGUUCUGUCGACAAGGACGACGAUACUCACGACAAGCGCAAACGGCUUUGCAAUGCUCGUCGUCAACAACCGCUUGCGGUUUUUUCGAGUUCAGUGAGCCCGACAGAGAGAAGGGUAUUAGUAAAACAGGUGUUUAUGAAUGUGUAGACAAUGGUAUCUUACAAACUACGGACGAUGAUCUCGAAGAGGAUAAUAGGGAACUCUUUUCCGAGCUUUGCGGUGCCGUGCCACAAUGCUCAUCCUUGAAUCUGGAUACGUUAAACUCGGCAUUUCUAAAGUACCUAAUUCUUCAUUACCAUAUCAAG